ACAAAGUUUGACUAUCAGAUGAGUCUUGAACCUAUAAAGCAAACAUGCUGUUCACCAUUAAAACAGGACACCUGCAAAGUUCUUAAGAAUGAGCCUUGUGGUGCACGCUUCGGGACUGCGAUUGCUGCAGUGAAGGAUCUGAACCUUGAUGGAUAUAAUGACAUUGUAAUAGGUUCUCCCUUAGAGGAUGAUCAUCGGGGAGCUGUUUAUAUUUAUCAUGGCCAUGGCAACACAAUCAGUAAAAAAUAUUCACAGCGUAUUGCAUCAGGUGGAGAUGGGGAAAAAGUGAAAUUUUUUGGCCAGUCCGUGCAUGGAGAAAUGGACUUAAACGAUGACGGGCUGAUUGAUGUCACCAUUGGAGGCCUUGGUGGCGCUGCCCUCUUCUGGUCUCGUGAUGUGGCUGAAGUAAAUGUUUCCAUGCAGUUCACACCCAAAAGCAUCAAUAUCCAACAACAAAAUUGUCAAAUAAAUAAAAGAAAGACAAUAUGCAUAAAUGCUACAAUUUGUUUCAAGACAAGACUAAAGUCAAAGGAAGAUAUAUUUGAAUCUAGUCUGCAGUACUGGAUUACUCUCGACUCACAAAGACAAAUAUCUCGAAGCUUGUUCACAGAAAGCCAUGAGAGGAAAAUACAAAAAAAUAUAACUAUCAAAGGGUCAGAAUGUAUUAAACAUAACUUCUACAUGUUGGAUAAGCCUGACUUUCAGGACUCUGUAAAGGUUUUGCUGGAGUUCAAUUUUUCUGAUCCAGAGAGUGGACCUGUUCUUGAUAGCAACCUGCCAAAUUCAAUAUCUGAAUAUAUUCCUUUCACAAAAGAUUGUGGAGCCAAAAAUAAAUGCAUUUCAGAUCUUGUUCUGAAUGUAAAAGCAAGCAUAGCUGGAGACAGCUCUUCUCCAUUCAUUGUAAAAACACGCAAUGAUAAGUUCACCAUCCAGCUCUCUGUGAAGAACAAAAAAGAUAGUGCCUAUAAUACCAGAGUUUUGGUUCAGUAUUCUCCAAAUAUUAUUUUUGCUGGCAUUGAGGAUAUACAGAAAGAUAGUUGUGAAUCUAACUACAACAUCACCUGUAAAGUGGGAUACCCAUUUCUAAAACCUGCAGAAGAGAUUUCCUUCAAAAUAUCAUUCCAAUUCAAUGCAUCAUAUCUCCUGGAAAAUGCUACUAUCCAUGUAUAUGCAACAAGUGAUAGUGAAGAACCACCUGAGACCUUGCGUGACAACAGAGGGCACGUAACAAUUCCAGUAAAAUAUGAAGUAGGAAUAAUAUUUGUAAGUGUUUUCAAAGAGCACCAUGUUAUAAUUGCAGCAAAUGAUACUGUUCCUACUGCUAUUAACACAACAGAGCAGAUUGGGGAUGAAGUUACUCUACAUUAUAGGAUUGAAAAAGGUGAACACUUUCCAAUGCCAAACCUCACGCUGCAGAUCUUAUUUCCCAAUGUAACAGCAGCCAAGAAUACUCUUCUCUACCUUACUGCAUUGUCACAUUCCCAAAAUGCCAUCUGCAAAACUAGUUACCCUGUAGAUCCGUUAAAGAUCAGCACUGGGAAACCAUUUGUGUUGUCAAAAAUAAAAGAACCUACAAAAGAUACAAUUAUGGACUGUGAUACAUACAGCUGUGCAUCUAUUCAUUGUGCCCUGGUCUCAUCUGACAUAUAUCAAGUGAAUGUUUCGUUAAGAGUAUGGAAACCUACCAUCAUAAAAGCAAGUAUUCACAGCUUAACCCUUGUUGUGAAGGCAUUACUUAGAAGUGAGAACUCAUCAUUGAUUUUGAGAAAUGACCAUCAAAAACUGGAGACCAUGAUUAAGAUCUCCAAAGAGCUCCCACCGGGUACAGUCCCCUUAUGGGUUAUUCUCCUGAGUAUCUUUGCAGGACUCUUGAUUCUUGCACUGCUUAUAUUUGCUUUGUGGAAGGCUGGAUUUUUCAAGAGACCACUAAAGAAGAAAAUGGAAAAAUGAAGAGAAAAAAAAAAUCCACAAAAAUUUUUGCUCAGGUCUGCCUCAAAAUUGUUACUGUAAAAUUAUAAAUUAAAUAUACAUAGAGCAGUCACAAUGUUUUCUAAACUCUGGUGCAUUA